AAGAUUUAGCUGGAGCUGUCAUAAAAUAAGAUAAAGAGAGUAUCCAAAAGCCCAUCCCAGAAUAACAACUGUGAUGUCACGCGCAGCAUGUUUUGCCCAUUGGCUGUGCCUCUCGUCUCGAGAGCUUCUGGAUGCUAACAUUAGCAGUUCGAAAAUGAGUUUGAAACUCUGGAUCUUCAACUUCCUGCAAGUUAAUGGCAACGUUUAAACGUCCAAAAUAUUCGGAGGUGACGCAAAAUGCUGAGGAGAGAAACAUCUCGAUCCUAUCAGGAGUUCAAUGGUGAAGACUGUGCUGGCUCACUCAGCCCCUACCAGAAUGAUGAAGUUUCUGAAGUGGAACAUGAUGAAACAAGCUGUGAUCCUUUACCAGACGAGGACGUUGUGGACACCAAUUUAAUGUCCAUUGCCUUCAACAAAGCUUGCCUGAAGAAUGUCUUUACUGUCAUCCUUGUUCUCAUUUAUUUGAUGCUUAGUACAGUGGCUGCAUUUUUGGCCUACCAAACCAUUUCAGACUUUAUGGAGAAGCUCACCCAUCCAGUGAUGUCUGUUUCAUACAAAGAGGUUGAGGAGUUUACAGCACCAGGAAUCGCUUUGUAUCCUGGAAAGGCUCAGUUAUUGAGUUGCAUGCAUCACUUUCAUGACAACAUUUCACCUCCCCUCGCAUCGGGCAGCCGAGAAGAAGGCAACUGUAUAAUAGAGGAGAUCAUUUAUUAUGGGCCAUAUUCAAACCAGACACAAAAGCGAGCCAUGGUGGUCAGGGGCCCGACUGAUGUUAGGAACCGAGAACUUAUAUUCCUGCAGUUCAGUCGUAACGAAACGGAGGAAGAUUUUAGCGCAAUAAGCUAUAUGAUUUUUGCCAAAUUUAGUGAUAUGCUUCAAAGUUCAGAUAAGGCUGCUUUUAUGACAGAUUGUGAAAGAAACUAUUCAUUGUGGACCUUCUCUGGAGGAUUUCGGACAUGGGUCAAAAUGUCUUUGGUCAAGACAUCAGGCAGAGAACAUGAAUCCGUGGAAUUUAGGCAGGAGUCCAGUGUAGUGAAAUACAUCGAUAAGAGGCCUCCACAGGAACAAGCCAAUGAACUUUUCUUUGUUGUGUUCCAAUGGCGAGAUCCAUUCAUACAACAAGUUAAAGAUAUAGUCACAGCAAACCCAUGGAACACCAUAGCCAUUUUGUGUGGCGUGUUUAUGGCUCUAUUUAAAGCAGCAGACUUUGCCAAACUCAGCAUUAAGUGGAUGAUCAAAAUUCGUAAGAGACACUUAAGGGCAAAAAUGAAAGAAUUGAACCAAAUCAGCUAAUUCUUAAAAAAAAACAUUAUUUUUAUAUGACAACACAACAUUUGAAUACUAAAACUGAGGGAUUUUUUAAUUUCAAACUUGGAUUGUAUUGUAUUGCAUUGUAUGUUAAGUUUUAACUGGACUAUAGAUUUUAACCUGACAUUUCUAAGGUAACUACUGACAGUGUUUUGAACAGUGAAUGUUGUAGCAAUUUUAUAGGGCAAAGUGUAUAUGGUUUGUGACACUGAAAUAUUAACUAGGCUCGUUGGUUAGCAUCCAUUCUCUGUGAGAUUCAGGUUGUUUAAAGAGGACAUAUGAAGAGUUUCGUUGCAAAACGAGAUAAAUCCAUUUUUUAACAUUUUUGUCAAAACAUGUUUAUUAUUAUGUUAUCAUGUUAUUAUUUUGUUUUAUGGUGCUACUUAGCUGUAUUUUUUAAGCUAUGAAGGUUUAAAUCAAAACAAACCAACUGCAGUUGCAUUGAAAUCAAUUGGAAUGCACAACCUAAAAAAGAGAUUUCUGAACAAUUAAAAACACGGUGGUUAUCUCGUUUUGCAUGAAACUCUUCAUAUCAUGAAAAUCUGAACUUUUCCAUGAUUAAGUGCUAUAAUUGGGUCCCCAGUGCUUCUAUCAAUCUAGGCAAUGUGAAAAAGAACAACCCAGUAACUUAGUUUUGAUAAACACUUUUUUCAAAAAUAGGUCAUUGAAAUUUGUCUCCCCUUGUGAUGUCAGAAAGGGAUAAAACCGCCCCUUAUUCUGCACUAUCCAACCACGGCACUGCCAUUUGGUGCAGAGAUCAACUCAUUUGCAUUUUAAAGGACAUACCCAAAAAUGGCACAUUUUUGCUCAUACAUACAAAGUGGCAAUUUUAACAUGCUAUAAUAAAUUACCUAUGAGCUAUUUUGAGUUAAAACUUCACAUAUGUACUCUGGGGACACAAAAUAUUUAUUCUGGUGAAAUGUCCCCUUUAAUAGAUGACUUACACGUGUGAAACCAUAAACAAUGUGAACUACAAUAAGGCUUUUGCCUAAACAUUUCAAAGGGAUCAAUAAAUGUCUAGUUUGUUACUGUCUGACCACUAUAAUGCAAAGCAUACAUGAUGAUGCAGCAAUUUUAUUAGGGUCAGAGGUGAUAUGUCCUGGCUGCUUUUUAACCUGUUGCUGUCAAUGUGAGCAAGAAAUGUUUUAUUAAUUUGAUACAUGUUGUAUUACCAAUAUGAAUUGUAUGAAAUGUUUUAACAACAUGCAGAAGGGAUCCGGUCAUAAUGAAUUACUUGAUGAUUUCUUAUAAUCAAAUGACUUGACAAAUGUGUUAAUAUCUUUAUUUUUUUAUUGAUUAACAGUGCAUUUUUAAUUACCCAGAUUGUUAAAAUAAAUCUGAUGAUGCAUCAGGAAUAAAAGUAUAUUGUUUUAUCUAUUGCAAUGUGAAUUUUGGCAUAAUGUAUAAAAAUACACUAGCAAGCAUCCGUCUCUGUGCAAACAAAGAUUUUAACCCAGUUACUUGAAUCUACAUUAACCAUUCCUUAUAUGUGGAAGUUGUGGCAUAUACUUUUUGCGGCAUAUGCAUGGAAUAAAAAAUGAAAUAUUAAAGCA